AUGGGUUUCAGGCAUAACAACGUUCUCCACGCCAACCACUUCCGCAAGGACUGGCAGCGCCGCGUCCGCACUUGGUUCGAUCAACCUGGUCGCAAGCUCCGCAGACGCACUGCUCGCAAGGAGAAGGCUGCCAGCCUUGGCGUUCGCCCCCUGACCCUUCUCCGUCCCGCCGUCCGUGGUCAGACCGUCCGCUACAACCGUAAAAUUCGCGAGGGUCGUGGUUUCACCCUCGGUGAGCUUAAGGAGGCGGGCAUCAACCGCAAGCAGGCACGGACCGUUGGCAUUGUCGUGGACCACCGCCGACGAAACCUGAGUGAGGAGGGCAAGCAGCUCAAUGUUGAGCGGUUGAAGGCAUACAAGGAGAAGCUCGUUGUCUUCCCCCGGAAGACCGGCAAGCCCAAGAAGGGCGACUCAACUGGUGACGACCUCACGGCUGCGACCACGAGAGCCACUCUUCCUCUUCCCGACCCGUACGUGCACGAAGCACCCCGCAAAAUUACCGACGAAGAGCGGAACUUCGAGGCUUACAAGACCCUUCGUGUUGCUCGUGCCGAUGCACGCUACGAAGGCAUCCGCAAAGUGCGCGCUGCCAAGAAGGAGGAGGAGGAAGCAAACAAGAAGAAGUAA